UACCUUCAGAGCACACUGAGGGUGGGUGGAUUUUUGACAUUUCGUUUCAGCACAUCAGAUUUUUGUGCCAGAAUAAAAAUAUAAUAAAAAACUUAUUCAUCCCACAAAAUCUGUAAAUAAUGAUUCGUUUUAUUCUUAUUCAAAACAGAGCUGGCAAAACGAGAUUGGCAAAAUGGUACAUGAAUUUCGACGACGACGAAAAGCAAAAGUUGAUUGAAGAAGUGCAUGCAGUCGUGACUGUCAGAGAUGCGAAACACACAAAUUUCGUUGAGUUUCGCAAUUUUAAAAUAGUGUACAGGCGGUACGCCGGCCUAUACUUUUGCAUAUGUGUCGAUGUUAACGACAACAAUUUAUGUUACUUGGAAGCGAUACACAAUUUCGUUGAAGUCUUAAACGAAUAUUUCCACAACGUCUGUGAACUGGACUUAGUUUUUAAUUUUUACAAGGUAUAUACCGUAGUCGACGAGAUGUUCUUAGCUGGAGAAAUUAGGGAAACCAGUCAAACCAAAGUCCUAAAACAGUUAUUAAUGCUCAACUCUUUAGAAUAAUCCAAGAUAUUCGCCAUUCCAAUAGAUAUCUUAAUAAGUAAGUUGUCUCCAGACUUUUUGUUACAUGUUACAAAACAAAAGUUGAUGGGAUAAAAAAAUGAUUUAUUUACCUGCGAAAGAAGUAAAAAUAUAUAUUGUUAGAAUUCUCUCAUCGUUGAUAGAAAUACUUGUACUGUAUCGAAAAACUCGACGUGACCAAAAUAAUGUAAUAAUUCGCGAAUAAAAAUUUAAAAAAUUAUAGCAAUUUCUCUGUACAAAAAAUGUGACGCGUUCACAGUUUAACUGCAAUUAUAAUACUCAUCUCAGUUCUUUUUUGCUAUAAAAUAAUACUGAAAAGACAUUUUUUUAAGACAGUUUAUGGUGAUGUUUUGUUACACUUUGGUUUAAAAAUGCCUUUAGUAAUAAAUACCCUGAAUCUCUAA